AAUAUGGCUUCCUCUAUGCUCUCUUCCGCUACAAUGGUCGCCUCUCCGGCUCAGGCCACAAUGGUCGCUCCUUUCACCGGACUUAAGUCCUCCGCUGCUUUCCCGGUGACCCGUAAGGCUAACACCGACAUUACUUCCAUCGCAAGCAACGGCGGUAGAGUUAACUGCAUGCAGGUGUGGCCUCCGAUUGGCAAGAAGAAGUUUGAGACUCUCUCUUACCUUCCUGACCUUACCGAUGUUGAAUUGGCUAAGGAAGUUGACUACCUUAUCCGCAACAAGUGGAUUCCCUGUGUUGAAUUCGAGUUGGAGCACGGCUUUGUGUACCGUGAGCACGGAAACACCCCUGGAUACUACGAUGGACGAUACUGGACAAUGUGGAAGCUACCAUUGUUCGGAUGCACUGACUCAGCACAAGUGUUGAAGGAAGUGGAAGAGUGCAAGAAGGAGUACCCCAACGCCUUCAUUAGGAUCAUCGGAUUCGACAACACCCGUCAAGUCCAGUGCAUCAGUUUCAUUGCCUACAAGCCACCAAGCUUCACCGGUGCUUAA